CGACAUUAACGCAGCCCUAGUUUUUUUGAGGGAAAAAUGUAUCGUCUUCGCCCACAGUCUUUCUCCAGGAUCGCUUUUAAUUCCUUUCUCUCUACCGUGCCACGGGAAGAUUGUCAAUUUAUGAGACUGUUUAAUAAAAACUGGUCGUGUAUCGGCUGAUUUUUGCUCAUAUUCUCAUACUUAUCUGCACGGAAAUGCCAAGGUCCAAGAAGAAGAGUUCCAGGGGGGGGCAGCAUGGUGCUGUGCAGCCUUUCAGCGAUGAGGAUGCCUCCGUUGAGACCCUCAGCCACUGCAGCAGCUUCAGUGACGCCAUGAGUGUGGCAGACGAAGGAGGGGAGGCAGCCCAGGAGGCAGCCCAGGAGGAUUUCCAGUACAAGCUGAAGGUUUUCAUUGACAGCACUGUGGAUAAGAGUGCCAAGACCAGACAAGGAGCCCUGGACGGGCUGAAGGCUGCCAUGGCAACCAGGAUCCUGUACGAGUUCAUUUCGGACAGGAGGAUGACCAUCACUGACAGCAUUGAGCGCUGUCUCAAGAAAGGUAAAGGACAGGAGCAGUGUGCGGCAGCCUCCCUGGCCUGUCUGCUGUGUAUUCAGUUGGGCUCAGACAUCGAGAGCGAGGAGGUGUUCAAGACUCUCAAACCCAUCUUCAAGAACAUUCUGCUGGAUGGAGCAGCCAAUAUCCAAGCCAGACAAGCUUGCGCAACAAGUUUGGGCCUGUGCACUCUCGUGGCGGAAGAUGACAUCCUGGAUGUAUAUGCCACCAUGGAGAGCUUUGAGAGUUUGUUCAUGCGUUCUUAUGUGAAGGAGGAUGGGAGUCGCCCCUCUCUCAACCCCCAGACCACCCUGCUCCACACCAAUGCCCUCCUCUCCUGGGCCCUGCUGCUCACAAUCUGCACCGGCAGCCAGGUCAAAGCAGUCACACACAAACACCUGCCCAAACUACCCCGGUUGUUGGAGAACGACGAUGUCAACAUGAGGAUAGCAGCGGGAGAGACCAUCGCUCUGCUGUUUGAGCUGGCUAGGGACAAGGACCCUGAGUUUGAGUAUGACGACUGGGAGCCUCUGUGUGACAAGCUGAACUCUCUGGCCACCGACUGCAACAAACAUCGUGCCAAGACUGACAAGAGGAAGCAGAGGUCUGUGUUCAGGGACGUGCUCAAGGCAGUGGAGGAAGGGGACUUUCAGACUGAGACAAUCCGCUUCAGCACUGAACGUAUGACCAUCGACAGCUGGGUGAGGAAGAGGACUUACGACGCCUUCAGGGAGUUUGUGGGCUCUGGCAUGAACUACCACCUACAGGCUAAUGAGUUUAUCCGUGAUGUGUUUGAACUGGGACCACCCAUGCUGGUUGACGCGGCCACACUGAAGUCCAUGAAAAUCUCCCGCUUCGAAAGGCAUCUCUACAACGCAGCUGCAUUCAAGGCUCGGACAAAGGCCAGGAACAAGUUCAGAGACAAGAGGGUUGACGUCGGGGAGUUUUGAUGUGAUUUAAUGGUCCAACUUGCGCUUUUAUAAACCAUCAAUUUAACCAUCUUGAAUAUCACUGUCCUUAAUUUAUCCAAUUGUCAAGUGGUUGGUAUUUGUAAAUAUGAAUAAUCAUGUAUGUCCGUCUCAAUGAUGCCCCUAUUCCCCAUAUAGGCUUGCCAGUGCACCAAUUUUAGCCAGAGUGUGUAUGUAGGGAAUAAAGUGUCAAGUGAGAUGCAGACUUUGUUGCUCUGUUUUAAUGUUUGUGUUCCAUUAACAUUGAGAUAUAUUAUUUGAAAAUGCACUAAUUGGAUAACUGUAUUUUGUUAUACACGGAGUAUACCAAACAUUAGGAACACCUUCCUAAUACUGAGUCACCCCCCUUGCCCUCAGAACAGCCUCAAUUUGUCUAGGCAUGGAUUACAAGGUGUCAAGUGUUCCACAUGGAUGCUGGCUCAUGUUGACUCCAAUGUUUACCACAGUUGUGUCAAGUUGGCUGGAUGUCGUUUGGGUGGUGGACCAUUCCUGAUACACACGGGAAACUGAGUGUGUAAAACCCAGCAGUUUUGCAGUUCUUGACACAAACCAGUGCGCCUUGCACCACUAUCAUACCCCGUUCAAAGGCAUUUAAAUCGUUUGUCUUUCCCGUUCCUCCUCUGAAGGGCACACAUACACAAUCCAUGUCUCAAGGCUUAAAAAUCAUUCUUUAACCCAUGAUCAUAGCUUUCAGCUGGUCAGUCUGCCAUGUAAAGAGCGGGUGUUAAUGUUUUGUACACUCAGUGUAGUUUAGUAGGUCUAUUGGGGAAGUGAGAAACUCAAAUAAAUACUAACUGAACAAAU